UUGACUUGAGUAUCAGCGAUUCAGUAUGUCUUCAUUUUCAGAACGUCCGCAGUGCUCAGUGCUCAGAUGAAUCCCGCAGCAUGUGCAUUUGACCGAAUCACUCGCGGAAGUUCAAACAGACGCGGACAUGACUCUAGCCUUGCUAUAUGCUUCGAUUGACAUCAGUUUCUCGCAGAAAAUGGCUAGGUCCAUUGACUCCCUCAUGACGGAUGAAGGGAUGAGGUGGAGUCUCACGAGUUGGCACAAAUAGUCCAGGUAGAAGGAACGACAGCCUUUCUUCCAUCAAGGUCACCCGACUGUUGUGAAAGAAUACAGUAAUAUGUUAAUUUGUAGAUCUGCUCUACGAUUCUGCCACGUAACACUGCCCGUAAACAGUUGCCUCGCGAUUGAGGCGAGAGCGAGGAUCCCAUUCUUGAUAGCUAUGAUCCAGGACUUGAGUCAUUUAACCGCGGACAUGGGCAGCUCCCUUCUUGUUCGCGAGCGAUUUGGACAACAACGCCACGGGCGUAAACAAAAGUGUACUGUGGACCGUGGUGAUCGGAUGAGGGAGUUCUCAAGUGCGUUUUAGUGACAUCCCCAUGCAAUACUGCACAGUGGGAAUACAAAUUAUACGCAUUUGUUACCACACGCACACGCACACACGGUUUCAGCAGGUAUCCCUCAAUCUUGCAAGCCCCUAUGGGCCUAUUGAAGGUUCCUUAGCCAUGCUGUUUAUUCAACUUACGCUUUUUAAGCGCCGAACUUCCAUUUCAAGUUAGAGGUACAUCGUGGAACAGAGGUUGCUCGCACGGGGUGGCUGCUAGACCUUUGUUGCGCUUAAAAGGGAGUCGUGCCAUUUCACGUCUAUGGUUUGUCGCUUUUCUUGUGGUUUCAAUUGGAAAACAUGUUUAAGUUUACAGCUCUAAUACUCUGUAAUCACGGCUUGAAGGACAACCCAAGGCACUUAAUCGGUAUCCUCAUUCCUGUG